AUGGAUCGUCUUUACUACUUCCCCUGGAAUAUAGAUAGACCAUCUUCACAACUCUCCCUCGACUUCAGACAGCUACGGAAAAAAGAGGACUGUAUUAUUCUGGGAGCACAGUGGCUAAAAACCGCCUCAGAACUGUGUAAAAUCGAAUGUGAUGAUGGAGAAAAUUACGUAUUUCCUGCUGGUCUCCCAGCUCAGCUAAUUGAGAUCAACGAGAAUCUAGUCCACUCCCCCAAUUUAUUGACAGACAAGCCACAUACGGAAGGUUACAUUGCCAUCGUCUUACCAAAGCUGAAAGAAUACGAAUAUGUGAUGAAACGCCUUUCAACGGAGGAAGCGUAUAAAGAAGCUCGACCAGAUAUCACUUAGGCCGCUUUUCUCCUGUCUUCUGUUUCAUAUUAAGAUAGAUUUGGAACAUAACAUGU